AUGUCUCCGGAAUACUGGAUCACUUCAGGAGAUGGCGUCCCGGUCACUAUAAAGGAUAUACAGUACAUCGAAGGCAUUGAUAACACGACCGGGAAUCUUGGCACAAAAGACAGAGAUUGCGCGGCCCAUAAUUGGUAUUUCGGCAAUAUGACCGGGUGCGCAGAGUACUAUGGCCCACCACCCCCGGACAGCGAUCUUAUCUGCCCCAAGAAAUAG